AUGCGACAACGGCGGGCUAGACUUCAGGAUGGAGCAAGUCCUCGCAACGAAGGCACCGGGAGCGUGAUGAUCUGGCUGCACAUCGGGGGAGGGUCGGGGACCUUCGCUGCGAGGAUGAGGGAGAGGGAGAGGAACGUGGCGAUCAUCACGACCUCGAUGAACUUCGAUGGGACAUUCAACAGCUUCAUUGCGUCGAGGGGGCUGAUCCUGACGCACGUGAGCAUCUCACAGUGGUUGCCAUUUUUCGAGAACACGUUGGAUAUUGCCCAUUCGAUGCACGUGCUGAGCAACUGGAUCCCAGAUUCGAUGCUGGAGUUUGCUCUGUAUGACAUAUACAGAGUGCUGAGGCCGGGCGGGUUCUUCUGGCUCGACCGGUUCUUCUGCGCCAGGUGGCAGCUUGACGAGAUGUACAUGGCUAUGUUCGACCGGGUCGGGUUUAAGAGAUUGAGGUGGAACACUGGGAUGAAGCUUGAUCGAGGCAUUCAGAAGAAUGACCAAUACUUCUAUGCUCUCUUGGAGAAGCAUAUCAUCCCCUGAGAAGGCCUAUUUCUUUAGU